CUGUUCACCGAUCUCGAACUCGCGACCUCAGGAUCAACAGCCUGCCCCUGUGGCUUCCCGUCUGUCGGUUGUUUCAGCCUGGGUUGCCCUGGAGCUGGCUUCACAUCCUCAGUCCUUUCUCUCAGUUAUUCCAACUACGCAAGUUACUACCGUCACUUCUCCGUACAUCCAGACAACACCAUAAUCUGCAAGAUCAAACCAUACAUCCAGCCUCAAUAGCUAGGCCCAUUAUGUCGAUCAACUGGGUGAUGCUCCAUGACCAGGAUGGCUUUGUCCGCCUACCGCAUGAGCAGCUGAUCUAUACAUCUCCACCGCGCACCAGCCUCGCGUUACAGCCGCUGAGCUCAUCUGGAGGCAAAAACUCAUUUUCCAUCCAAAGCAGUGCUGGUCAAAUCUUUUUGACAAACCAACGGGUUGUCUAUAUCCCGACACAGAAAUCGCAGACAUUUCAGUCGUUCUCUGCGCCGCUGCUAAAUGUUCAUGAUACCCACGUCACUGCUCCGUUCUUUGGGCCAAAUGCCUGGAUCGCCCUGGUCCAGCCCGUGUCGGGAGGCGGGAUCCCUCCAUCCUUGCCUGCAGUACAGGUCAAAGUGACUUUUAAAGAAGGAGGCGCAUUCGACUUCCAUAAUCAUUUCGAACGAAUCAAGGAGCGUCUACAGCAGGCGGUCGAGAACUCGCAAGCAAGCAGUCGCGGAGCCAGAAACGUUGACCUCUCCACGAUUCAUUUGGACGAGCUGCCAGCUUAUUCUGGCCCUUCUAACAAUGAUGCUGGGGGAGGCCAAGCCAGCCAGGACCAAUGCAUGAGUCCACAGAGUCAGCCUCAUGCAGCAGAGACGGAUUCCAUGGUGGAACCACCGCCGGACUAUGAGACGGUCCAGCAGCAAAGCGUGGCGGAUGAAUUGGAGGCAAGACUGCGCCGGGCCAGUUGAUGAAGGCUUACAGUCGUUGCGUAUGAGAAAAGAAGAGAAAAGGGAACAAUCAAUUCCAGAUGGCUUGUAUACUAUCUUCUGGCAUUAUGAGUAUGGG